UGAUAUUUUGGGGAUAUAAUUACAGCCUCGGUGAGUUAGUUGUGUUGAAUUGAAACCCUAAACAGUUGAUUACUACGGCUACUACUACUACUAUUUCGCGUUUGGAUCUCUCCUCUUGUCUUCCACUCGCUUGCAUUUUGCAUUUAAUCUCUCUCUGAGUCUGUACCACUCUCUCUUUCUCUCUCUCUCUCUAUCGGUUGCUGUUUUGAUGUGAAAGCAGAGGAAGAACAAAACAAACAAAAUCGAUACCAGUACCAAUCGCAACAAUAAUAGAGUAGUAUUGCCCUCUCUUUUCGGACUUCAAACCACCAUGUGCUCAAACAAUGUCACAACUUUUCUUUCAAUGAAUUCAGUUUUGCAGGUGUGCGAGGCUCUGAUUACUGUAUGAUUCUGUUUGAUUAGGCUGAAAUUUGAGUUUUGUAGCCGAAGAUUCUACAGUUUUUGGUGUGGUAUUGGUGAUUUGGUGAUUGAUUUUUGGGUGAGCUUGUUUGUCUAAAUUCGGUGUUCAGUCGCAUUCCACUUAAUUUUAGAGAGAGAAAAAGAUUUUUAGUGAGAGAAGAGUGUUUUGAUUUUUGGAUCUGGAAAACAGCUCAUAUGCAUGGAUAUUUCAAGUUUGACUAUGUGAUUUGAAGGCUUGUAAGGAUUUUGGGGUCGACUUUGAUGCUCUGUCGUUUGUGUUGUCGCAUAUCAUGUGCCAAGCAGUGUUCUGAAACUUCAAACAAGUCUGAGCUCCCAUCAAAACUUUUGGAUUCAUUAGGUUCUGCAAUAGAGGUUUUCUGCAGAUCUAUUCAAGAGAUCUGCACUGGUUGCUAUAUUUGGAAGAUUGGAGUACACAUUUCUCUGGUUGUGUAAACGCAACAUCAAAUUAAAUUGAGUUGUUGUGAGCUUUGAGAUUCUUUAAGUUUGGGUAAAAUAGCUUAAACCCUUGCUAAUUUUGAUUUUCUUGAGAGAGUGGUGGUGAAAAGGGUCUUGUCAUUUUGAGCUUCUCUGGCUUGGCAGUGUCACAGAACAGUGAGAUGUCGGCGGUACAUGUAUGAGAAUCAUUGCUUUGUGGUGGGAGCAAAGUACACAAUAAUGCAAAUUAUGUUUUGUUGUCGUUGUUGUUUUAUGUAGACAUUGUAUGCUUUUUUGGAUUCCUGGGGUUGUGUUCUUUUGUGAACAUAUGAUAUUCAUGGGUUUGGAGGGUUGGAUUGUUUAAGAGAGGAGUUUGGGUACUAUUUUUCUUUGCUAAUGAAUAGGGAAAUGAAGCGGGGGAAGCAAGAGAAGGAGUCGGACGUCGCGGAGAAGGUUGUCGUUGCCGUUAAGGCAACCAAGGAGAUUCCCAAGACUGCUCUGGUGUGGGCUUUAACUCAUGUUGUUCAACCAGGGGAUUGCAUUACAUUGCUAGUUGUUGUCCCUUCGCAAAGUUCGGGCAGGAAAUUAUGGAAUUUUCCUAGAUUUGCAGGAGACUGUGCCAUUGGCCACCGAAAGUCUCAUUCGGGAACAAGUUCAGAACCGAAAUAUGACAUUACUGAUUCCUGCUCCCAGAUGAUCCUUCAGCUUCAUGAUGUUUAUGAUCCUAAUAAGAUAAAUGUGAAGAUAAAGAUUGUUUCUGGGUCACCAUGUGGGGCAGUGGCUGCAGAAGCAAAGAGAACUGAAGCUAAUUGGGUUGUACUGGACAAAGAGCUCAAACAUGAGGAAAAGCGUUGCAUGGAAGAGCUGCAAUGCAACAUUGUGAUUAUGAAACGCUCCCAGCCAAAAGUUUUGCGCCUAAACUUGGUCGGAUCACCCAAGAAGGAAUCUGAAACAGCUUGUCCGUUACCUUCUGAACUAGAUCAAUCAUCUGAGAAACAGUCUAAAAACAAGACUGAUGAUGCAAACUCCAUUCGAGGACCUGUUGUGACUCCAACCAGUAGUCCAGAGCUGUUUACUGCAACUGAAGUUGGAACGUCAUCAGUAUCAAGCUCAGAUCCUGGAACUUCUCCAUUUUUAAUCUCUGAAAUAAAUGGAGACCUGAAGAAAGAGGAAUCAUUGAGCACAAAAGAAACUCUGGAUCAUGAUGAAUCAAGUUCUGACACAGACAGCGAAAACUUGUCUCAUUCUUCAGCAAGUUUAGGGUUCCAGCCAUGGAUGGCGGAAAUUCUCAGUUCUCAUCGCCAAUCCUUGCAACACUUUGAAGAAAGCUCACAAAGAUCAAGCAAUAGGACUCAGAAUUCCACAACCAAGGGUUUUCUAGAGAAAUUCUCUAAACUUGAUCGAGAUGCUGGAUACGGAAUGACAAACUAUAGAACUGAUCAGGAUUUCAGUGGAAAUGUGCGGGAAGUAGUUUCUCUAUCCAGAAAUGCACCUCCUGGCCCCCCUCCUCUGUGUUCAAUAUGUCAACACAAGGCUCCCGUGUUUGGAAAGCCUCCUAGGUGGUUCACUUAUGCUGAGCUGGAGCUUGCUACUGGAGGGUUUUCACAAGCUAAUUUCUUAGCUGAAGGAGGCUUUGGAUCUGUCCACAGAGGGGUUCUCCCAGAUGGCCAGGCGGUUGCUGUCAAGCAACAUAAAUUGGCAAGUUCUCAGGGGGAUCAAGAGUUUUGCUCUGAAGUGGAAGUCCUAAGUUGUGCUCAGCACCGAAAUGUUGUUAUGUUGAUUGGAUUCUGCAUUGAGGACAGGAGAAGGUUGCUGGUUUAUGAAUAUAUAUGCAAUGGUUCCCUAGAUUCUCAUCUAUACGGACGUCAUCGAGAACCAUUAGAAUGGUCUGCGCGCCAAAAAAUUGCUGUGGGAGCUGCUCGAGGGCUGCGGUAUCUUCAUGAAGAAUGCAGAGUGGGUUGCAUUGUUCAUCGUGACAUGCGGCCCAACAACAUCCUCAUCACCCAUGAUUUUGAACCACUGGUUGGAGACUUUGGCUUGGCGAGGUGGCAGCCUGACGGAGACACUGGUGUGGAAACAAGAGUAAUUGGAACAUUUGGGUAUCUGGCUCCAGAAUAUGCUCAAAGCGGCCAGAUCACUGAAAAAGCUGAUGUUUAUUCGUUUGGUGUUGUAUUGGUGGAGCUUGUUACCGGACGAAAAGCUGUGGACCUCAAUCGGCCAAAGGGCCAGCAGUGCCUCACUGAAUGGGCACGUCCACUGUUGGAAGAAUAUGCCAUUGAUGAAUUGGUUGACCCACGGCUUGAAAACAACUAUAAUGAACAGGAGGUCUACUGUAUGUUGCAUGCUGCCUCCUUGUGCAUACGGCGGGAUCCUCAUUCAAGGCCUCGCAUGUCACAGGUGCUUCGAAUACUGGAGGGCGACAUGAUCAUGGACUCAAAUGGCAUGUCAACACAUGGGUAUGAUGUGGGCAAUCGCAGUGGAAGGAUUUGGACGGACCAACAGCAGCAGCGACAUCAGCACUACAGUGGUCCGAUAUUAAAUGAGGCAUUCGAAGGGUUUAGUGGGAAGCUCUCCCUUGAGUCACCAAGGCCACCUUUCUGGGAAGUAGAUAAAGCCAGGAGAACUUCAUGUGAGGAAGACUUGUAAAGAGCUUCCUCCUCUUGAAAUGCAUGCAUGGUAUUAUAUGCCGAAAUUGUGGAAGCCUCGUAUUUUUUUGUCCAAUCCCAUCUAGGUCUUAUAUUUGUAUAGUAGAGGGAGAUUAGGGAUCGUAGGGUUUUGUGAUGCGUUCUGAAAUGAAGCAAAUUGGCAAGAUCUGAACCUACGUAGAUAGGUUUUUGGUUGGAUCAAAGCACAGCAGUCAAGCAGCAAUUACAGCUUCAUUUGUUCUUGAACGUGAUUGUUUGCUAUCUUUUCCAUUCAUUCCAAGUUAGUUCAAAAGGUUUACAAUCAAGAAGUGUAAAUGUUAAUGUCACUGCUCUGUGCUCUUCUCAUCGUGAUUGUGUAUCACGUCCAUAAAUAGUCAGUCGCUGUUUUGAAA